AUGGUCGGUGGCAAAUCCUCCAAAGCCUCAAUCGAGUCUGCCCGCGAGCGCGAAACCUUCAGAUACGAUACCACCCUCAUUGCCGCUACGCGCAAGAACGACCCUGCCAAUCUCAUCCCUCCGUCCGAGCUACGAGCUUCUUCUGAUGCCUCCCUUACUGCCUUCGCCCAGCUGGGCGCAUUACGCAUGGGAGCCUCUCGCGCCUUGAUUUCUCUCUUCGAUAGCAAGUGCCAAUACGUUGUCGCCGAAGCCACUCCUAAUCUACUUUUGGCCCCAAAUGCGACGCCAGACCCCGAUGCUGGAGAGAAGCUAUGGCUUUGCGGGACCGCUCUCCCUCGCGCCCACGGCUUAUGCGAAUCCGUACUCGUCGCACCCCGCGCCGCAGAACGUAAGGCACCUGCCGACGACGCCCUGCCUGUGUCCGUCAUAUCCGAUCUCGCCAAUGACCCCAGGUCAUCAGAAAAGGCUCAUUACAGGGAGUGGCCGCACCCUCGCUUCUAUGCUGGAGUGCCCAUUAAGUCGCGCAGAGGUGUCAGCAUUGGCGUCUUCUCUGUAUGGUCGGACGAGCCACGACAGGAGCUGGGCGCCAACUCGACUCAGCUUCUGAGGGGUUUGUCAAGAAUGGUGACGGACCACCUGGAUUACAAGCGUACCGUCCAGAGGCAUCAUAGGGCAGUCAGGAUGCUUCGUGGCAUCGGAAGCUUUGUCGAAGGCAAAUCCACCAUGUCAAAGCUAGGGCCUCAAUCUCAACCCCACGAUCAAUCUAUCGAAGGUGCCCUAAACCUGCAUCAGCAGCGGCUCCAGAGAAAGGAAGAGGAAAGCAACGCCCACGAUGACGAAUCUACACCUGACUCCAUCACACCCCCGACUCCAAGCCCGACGCAGUCCCCCUCCCUGUCACAGCACCGAGGCAAUCGUCACCCGUCAUCAUCUUCGGAUCUUUCGGUCGAUAAGACACUGUCAAUGACGGAUAAGACGAGCCAAAACAGCCACGAGGAAGGCGUCACAUACAUCUUCUCCAAGGCCGCGAACAUUAUUCGUGAAAGUAUUGAGGUCGAAGGUGCGCUAUUCCUGGACGCUGCAAUUGGCUCAUUUGCCGGGUUGGCCACCAAAACAACAUCUUCCGGAAGCUUCAGUUCUUCUUCAAGUAGUGAUGAGCGCAAUAGUAGACACCCUUCAAGACAGGCCAGCCUUACCAAUGUGGUGGAUGUUCCUUGCCGUAUACUCGGCCACUCCAACUCAUUGACGUCUAGCAUCGAUCGGCAGAUAACCUCCAGGGAUCAGCGCCACUUUUCAGAGCGUUUCCUCACAAAACUGCUACGUCGAUAUCCUACUGGCCGAGUCUUUGCUUUCGACGAGAAUGGGUCUCUGCAGUCAUCCGACUUUUCGGAGGAGGACGCAGCGACACCGAUUUCACCAGUAGCCGAGGAGGAGCUAUCCUCGGCGCAACUGUCUGAUCGAACCCGCAAACGGAACAAGAAGCUGCUUUCGCGUCAGAACGAAGGGAAAAUGCUCAAGACCCUUUUCUCUGGCGCUCGUAGCGUUGCCCUCGUCCCUCUCUGGGACGCUCAGAAGCAACGGUGGUAUUCGGGCGGUUUUGUGUACACGAAGACCGCUAAUCGCGUUCUUACUAUCGAGGGCGAGCUCAGCUACUUGCGAGCCUUUGGAACUGUCAUCAUGUCAGAAGUCGCAAAGCACAAUGCUCGAAUGGUGGAUAAGGCGAAGUCGGACUUGCUCAGCUCCCUGUCGCACGAGCUUCGCUCGCCUUUACACGGUAUUCUUCUUGGCGCGGAGUUGAUGCAAGACACAAUUCUUGACGCCUUUCAAGGAGACGUACUGCACUCUGUGGAGACGUGCGGAAAGACCCUGCUGGAUACCAUGGAUCAUCUCCUCGACUAUAGCAAGCUUGGGAACUUCCUGAGACCGACGGUUGGGCGACGGAACAGUAAUGCCGGUACGGAGGAUCGGGGGCUUCGCACCUCUGACAAAAACCACACUAUAGAAGCUGGCAUGAUGUCUCUCAGCCGCAACGUAAACAUCGACGUGCUCGCUGAGGAGGUCAUCGAGAGUGUUUGCGCUGGCUUCAGCUUCCAACGUCUCGCCGUUUCCCGACUGACUGGGAACCGACCAUCAGAACAUGCCGAUAUCGACGCUCUGCAUAGGCUAGACAGCAUGCAAGCUCUCGAGAACAUGUCUUCAGAGAGCAAUAAAGGAGGCGACUCUCAGAUUCUGGUCGGUGAAGUGUCAGUGACGUACGAUGUGAAUCCAGCCGCCUCCUGGCGCUUUAACACCCAGCCCGGUGCUCUCAGGAGGAUCAUCCUGAACAUUCUCGGAAAUUCACUCAAAUACACCACUCGGGGCUUUAUUAAUGUUAACGUUCUCCAAGUGGAGUCUUCGAUACCAGGGUCACGAGAAAUCCAUAUUGUGGUCGUUGACUCUGGGAAAGGCAUGUCCGAAGAUUACUUACGCUAUCAUCUGUAUGCUCCCUUUCAUCAAGAAGACACCCUUUCGGCAGGCACGGGUGUCGGUUUAAGUCUCGUGAAGGAGGUGGUUACUCGCUUGGGAGGGUCGAUCCAGGUACAGAGCAAGGUCAAUCGAGGCACCAAAGUUACUGUCAAGUUGCCGCUGCAGCAGGCCUCACCGCCAUCGCCCAAGACAAGCAUCCCGAAAACGGUAAACUUCGACAAAUUCCGCGCCCAAGUGAGCGAAUUGAAAGGGCUACGAGUGCGUCUUCUUGGAUUUCCAACCGGAAUCGGCACCAAGAUUGAGGACGAGCUUUCGGCAAACGUGUCAAGUGAACACGCCCUACUCGAAGGAUUGUGUCACGAGUGGCUGCAGAUGCACGUCAUCGGCGAGUCUUCUCUUGAUAAACUGCUUCCCGAUCUUAUUCUGGCUACGGAGCGAAAUCUUGACCGUCUACUUUACGAGCGGAGACACCAUGGCGUAUCCACCCCCGUUGUCGUCGUAUGUCGCAAUGCAUUGAUUGCGAGACAAUUGGCGACCUCUCCUCGGUUCACAGGCCGGCGAGUCGUGUUCGAAUUCGUAUCUCAGCCCAUUGGGCCGAGGAAGCUUGCUCGCAUUUUGCUGCUGAGCUUCAGGAGAUGGACAAAACUGCAAGCCUCCGUCAUCAGGACUCCUACGGUGUUAUCGUUGGCCAGUGCCGAACCAGGACAUCUUGAUGGGUCAUCUAGGCUAGACUCGCUGGGCGUUCGAUCAACAUCAGCAAUGAGCACGGAGGCCGCUCCCGACAAGACGGAAUACUUCGGAGCUGCAGACAUAGCAGCAACAGAUUCAACGGAUACGAUAAGACAGGCAGAAACUGAGGAGGACAGAACCAUGACGUUGCCAGAGCGUCCAGGUCCCAGGUCAUCGACGCCGACACCUGGCAACCCGGAACCCAGUCAGUCACCUAACGAGAGUGAUGGCGAUCCAGACUUGUUCCUUCUCGUCGACGACAACGCGAUCAAUUUGAGGAUCCUGUCCGAGUAUAUGAAGAAAUUGGGUCACAAGUACACGACAGCAAUGGAUGGGAAACAGGCCGUCGAAGCUUUCAGGAAGGGCGAAGGGCGAUACAAGUGCAUAUUCAUGGACAUAUCUAUGCCCGUUAUGGACGGCUUUGAAGCUACUCGUGAGAUUCGUGUGUUCGAGACGAGGAAGAAUAUGCCGAGGUGCCAAGUGUUUGCUCUAACGGGCUUGGCAUCAGCGAGCGCCCAGGAAGAGGCAUUUGCGAGUGGGAUCGAUUUAUUCCUGACGAAGCCCGUGAAGUUGAAGGAACUAAGCAAGAUCUUACAGACGAGAGAUAUUGCGUGA